CAGACACAGACACAGACACAUCCGUAGCCAUUUUGGCUCAAGCCAUUCGGCUGAGCUGGCUGCGCCCGGCGCCCCUUCUCCGGGGCUUCCCGUGCCCUGCGCAAAUUCGCCCGCCGGCAUGGAGCUGGAGGCACUGUUGUCCAGGUGCCCGGUGGCCGCCGCGGCCUUCGGCGCGGUGGCGGCGGCGCUUUGCGCGCCGAGCGCGCCCGGCCGCCAGGUGGCCAUGGUGGCAGCCUCCGUGGUCGCGCCCCUGGCACGACGCCCCACGGAGCGCGUGGAGGUGAAGGCGUCCCGGUGUGUGGUGCGGGUGUCACGGCUGCGGCGCACAUCAACAUCCAGGAAGACCUCUUGCUGGCCGCGCAGGCGUCUUUGGGUCUGAAGCAGAAGCCAGGCGUAUCGGACGUCAAGCGCGAGCUUCGGCGGAGAGGAUGCAGCUCCUUAGCCUCGAAGUGCGGUCGACUCUCGAAGCUGCGGAACACCGAGGCCCACAUGGCGGCGAGCCUCCCGGCGGCGGUGGCGGCUGCGCUGAUGGGCUCGCCUGGGUCGCCCCAGCAGCGCGGCUCGGUGGGCCGCUUGGUGCUUGACGCGGUGUCCAGCGAGGAGUUUGCGACGGCCUCUGACUCCCAGCACGGCUCCUUGCCGCUGGAGAAGAAGCUUGUGUCGUCCCAGUCGCCGGCCUCGGACUUCCUGCACGACCCCGAGAAGCAGGAGGUAAAGUUGGAGGAGAUCAAGUUGCUGGUCUCGGACGAGCAGUUCGUCAAGAGCGGCUGCGCCACGCCUGCCGCUGCCCGCUUGGGUGGGCGCAUGGGCGGGGCCAAGUUCCCUGUGGAGGCCGAGGCGCCGACGGAGGCCGCGCCGCCCAUGAAGCAGGCCUCAGCUAUGGGAACCGCCGCGUACGACGAGGAUGAGUGCCGCGAGACGACCAAGGGCCUCAGCGAGCGCCAGUCCUUAGUCCUGGCCGUCGUCGACGGCAUCGUGGAGGGCAAUGUCGAUGUGUCCCUGUCUGAAGUCCUCAGGCUGCUGGACGGCAUGGGAGUGCCUCAUGUGCCCCAGGGACCUCGUCUUGUCAGGGACCGUGUCGCUCUCCUGCGGAAGCGUCGGGCCCUUCUGAGGUGCUCGUCUGAAUGAUUGCAGUUGAUAUGUUCGUCUUGUGAGGCCUUCUGUUCUGUGCAGUCUGCGCCCGCACGAGGCGAAGUGUCAUGCAGUGAUUCCCUCCUGUAUUUGCAUGGGUAGGUGCCAGGCCGCCUCUCGUUGGUUUGCGCGGAUCCAUCAUGCAGUCGAGAAUGUUGUCUUUAUAUUUUUUUUCAGCCUCCUGCUCUGCAUUCUGUGUACAUGCAGGAGUUGCCCCGAGUCGGAGGUUGAGGGUUUGACGUGUCGAGCGUGCUCUCGGGGCCGAUGUGCCCUGGAGGUUUUGGUUCCGACGUCGUCGAUGCUCUCUGGGCCGAAGCGCCCCCUUCGUGUCUUGGGAAGGCCCCUGUGGGCCGUGGCUUCUCAGUGAGGCCUUGGCCCACAGUGGGCUCCUUUUGCCUUUUUAUAGGCCCCGCGUCAACAGACACAGACACAGACACAGACGCAGACACAGGCACAGGCACGUGCACAGG